CCUUACCACUGAGAGUGUCGCUUCCUUGCCCUCCGCGAAGCCAUCCUGUCAUGAUCAUAUGAUGGCGACAGAACGCAACUCCUCACAUUCACGAGAUUAAAGUCUAGAGAGAGAGUGAGAGAAGCAGUGUCAACGGGAAACAGAAGCUGAUAGAUAACUAGUGACCUUUGAAUCUGGUGUUCUACAGAGUCAGUGAGAGACAAACAUGAACGAAAAGCCACCACCUUAUAACCCUGCGAUGGGACCUCCCCCACCGGGUCCUCCUCCUCCAUACCAGCCUAUGCCACCCCCACCACCGCCAACGCAGAUUGGAUUCAUUGGUGCUACCCCAGGUGCUAGCACAACCAUCAUCACCACUCAACAGCCAAGUUAUGGAAGCAUACCUGUAGUGGUCCAGCCGGUGCAGGGAGCAGAUGUUAUUGUCGUUGGAGGAUGCCCAGCUUGUAGGGUGGGGGUGCUCAGUGAAGACUUCACUCUAGCUGGUCUGUGCUGUGCUUUCUGGUUCUUCCCCAUCGGCAUCCUGUGCUGCCUAGCCAUGAGGGAACGACGGUGCAGCAACUGUGGAGCAUGCUUCUCUUAGUAUUUGAAAAGUUUGCCAACACGCCUUUUCUUAUUUGUUUUUUUCUUGAAAGCAUAGAGUGGGAAGCACAACAUUUACACAAGAGUUUCUCACCUAAUUGGGCAAGGUUGUAUCGCUUUGUAGUGGUGCUUGCAGCCAUGUUCUUCAUUAUCAGGGGCAGACACUUGGCGAGAUAUUGCGAGAUGAAGAGGAUAUGGAAGUUUGGCCUCCGUGAAAUAUUUUGGUGACCAUCCACUUUUGGAUGUGCAUCUAGAUCUUUUUUUCAUCUUAAAAUGUGCAUCUAGAUCUUUUUUAUCUUAAUUCUUUCAUGUAACUUUUUAAUUAACUACAACUUAUACUUAGCAUUAUCUGAGACGGGGAGGGGACAGCCCUCUCCCACCAGUGUCUGCCCCUCUUGUUGUAGCAAUGCAAGAAAAUAUAGUCUUGUUUUCUGUAUUCUGUUAUAAUUGAGCAUAGUUAAAAUUAUAUAUAUAUAUAUAUAUAUAUAUAUAUAUAUAUAUAUAUAUAUAUAUAUAUAUAUAUAUAUAUAUAUAUAAAAUGAUUGUAUGUAUAAUGAAAAUAUAUAGGUAUGAUAUAAAGGUUUAUGAAUAUAUAUAUAUAUAUAUAUAUGAUAGAUUCUCAUGAUGAACUGUAAGGAAGAAACGUCCAAAUGAGAUAAAAUUAGGUCUUGAAUAUUGGUAUUAAAAGUACAAUUUAUUCCUCAAUUUUAUACAGUAUCCUGAAUUUAAUCCUAAAGUUAAAGGACUGGUUACAUAACCUCGAAAAUUAUGAUUUUAAGAUUAGGGUAUGAUGUGAAUUCUUUUGAUCUGAGAUGAUAGUCCUGAACAGACUUUUGUAUUGUUUUGGUUACUGAGAAAGAUUUUUGAACUUCUUGUUUUUGAUGCAUCAAAAGCAAAGGAAGACUUUGUUGUUGGAGUUUCGUAAAACGGCCAACUUCUUAUUUCUUCGCUGUGAUUCAGGAAGUCUUCAGGACUGCUAAUAGGUUCCUUUAUUUUUGAUUCAAGCAUAUCUGUACCCUGAUUCCUGUGAGAGUUAGACGUGUAAGUACUUAUUCCUAUUUUGGGGGGUUGUAGACUUUGCUCGGUCCAAAUAAUGUCUUGAUCCGGAAAAUAACAAGGCAUUUAUAUACUCUGUUGAUUUCUCUAUAGUGUUGCAUGUUUUUUUAAGGAAAUAAAAGACAACUGUUA